AUGCAUCUCCCCAUCGUUUUCCCCCUAUUCUCGCUAACCAGGAGUCCAACACGGGCUAGAGCGCCUGACAAAGUCGAAGAGGCGAAGGGCACGUUGGAAGCGCCCAAAAGCACCAAGCUCCAACUGCCCCUGGCCAAAGAGAGCGAUGAGGUGCGGUUGGCGCAGAUGGAGAUCGACAGUUUGUGCCGGGCAGUCUCGGAGCAGCUGCCCCACACGGGCGGAAACAUUUGCGUCCUCGGCGGAUGUGAGAUCCAUCAUCCAGAGACUCGACCCCUGAUCCAAGCAGUGGCCAAGAGGUGA